UCUAGAUGCUUCCCACCGUUUCAGACUCUAAACCCACCUUUUCGAUUCCUGCUCUCACCGCCUCCCUCCUCGCCUCACUCUUCUCUACACCAAGCCGCUCGAUUUAGGAAGGGCUUCACCAUUUCUCUUCAAUCGAGGUCUCUAUUUCUGGAUUUUCUUUUGCUUUCGCCUAUUCUCUCUCGCAUAUCUCCAUUUGCUUUGUUUCUGGCCGUCCUUUUUUCUCCGCUUUAGCUUCUGUUUUCUUCAUCGUGUUGCUUCGUUGUUCAAAACGCGGACCAUUUUUCGUAGUUGUUCUUCGAUUAGAGGUUACAGUUGUUAAUUUCUCUGCCUUUUGGUUCGAUUCCAAUAAUUUUUUGGGUUUUUGGUUCUUUGAAUCCGGGUUUUCCAAAAAUUUUGUGCCUAUCUUAGGUUCGCUUCGAACUUGGUUGCGACCGAUCUAAUCCGGCGUUUCCAGAUUCGGGAAACAGUCCCUUUCAGAUUUUUGGAUUUUCGAUUCUGAUUCUUGGAACUCUCUAUGCUAAAGGUUUGGAUUGAAUUAAUCAGGUGCCUCCACUUACAAGAAGGCAAAUAGGAAUUGAAUUGAAACAAUCAGGGGCCUCCGUUUGAUGCAGUAUAGACGGAGACGUACAAAAUCUCCGACCACCUCUGCAACAAAAGUUAAGAAUCUUGAGGCUUCUGAUGCAAGAUGGUGAACGCUGUUAAAGGACUGUUCAUCUCUUGUGACAUACCUAUGGCGCAAUUCAUCAUCAAUUACGACAAUUCACUGCCAGCUUCACAGAGGUUCAUAAUACAUGUCUUGGAUAGCACUCACCUUUUUGUGCAGCCCCAUGCUGCCGAGAUGAUAAGAAGCGCCAUUGCAGAAUUUAGAGACCAGAAUUCAUAUGAGAAGCCGACUUGAAUAAUUUGGAGACCAAAUGUUUGAAUCAUAUCAUGGCUUACAAGCUUUACUCCAGCACUUUGUCGACUGAAGCUCUUAGUUAAUAGGAAUCCCAGCUCCCUCUAAGAGAAAUUAUAUUACCUUGUAGUCGGCAGACAUGGAAGUUUGAAUGAUACCAUGCUUUGUAUUAAAUGUAGUGAACCGUGUUUCGAUUGCGAUAAUAAAAUUUUGGUUGAUCCUCUGUUUGCUGA